AUGCAGGCCAAUCACGUUCACGAAGCUGGGAAUGCCUACGCUACGCCACCGACUCAGUCCACUUCGAGCUUUGCCAGCGGCUCCAACACUCCCUCGCACCAAUUGCCUCGCCUCAAUGGACAGAGCUCGGGCAUUGGCGAAUCGCCUGCUCCUUCCAUUUCACGUCCUUACCACACCUCGUCCAAUGCCAACCAGCUCAACGGCGCCAGCUCCAACGGCGGAGCCAAGGACAAAAAGUGGAAGCAGAUGUUCAAAUUUGGCUCUAUCGGCAGAAAGGCAAGCGGCAAUGCAUCAAACGACCGCAGCUGGCAGACCGAUUCGGCCGAGUCCAGCAUGCACAAGAACGGCGACUACUUCGAGCACGUCCAGUACACCGGCUCGCAGUCGGGUUCCACCUCUUUCCAGCCUAUCAACGGCUCCACCGUCGUCAACGAUCCCAGCUCCUUUUCCAACGACAGCUACUCAUCUGAAGAUCGCAACGCUUCUGGCUCCAUCGGCGAUGCUAUGACCGCCUCUGCCUCGGGCAAGCUUCAGCCGCCCGCAGACAUCAGCGACAACGACUCGGCUCAUCAGGGAUUCGCUUCUCGACUCAUGAGGCGCGUGUCGAGCGCGCCGGACGCCAACAAGCUUUUCAAGAACGGAUCCAGCGCUGCCCAAAAGCCUUCGGACGCUGCCCCGGCGACCAAGAACGGCUAUCUCUCCCCUGAAGCAUCCAGCGGCCAGCACAGCCAGUUCGCUUCCGAAGGAGGCGCGCCCACCACUCCAUCCAAGGACCUAGCCAACGCUGCCUUCUUCUCCAACUCGCCCGUCAGGAUGGACAGCAAUGCCACCUCGUUCAGCAACAAGGACUUCGAAAAGGGCCGGUCCGUCAGCGCAAAAGGUUCUUCGACGCCCAAGUCGGGUCGAAUCAACUUCCCUGGCUCCGGUCGCUCCAAGAGCUCCAAUGGCAAGGACAAAAAGUCGCAGCUCCCACCUCCCAGCAGCUCCGCCAACCUUGCCGCUCUAGCAGGUGACAUGUCCAUCAAUCGUGGACCCGGCAGCUUCCGACGCACGUAUUCGAGCAACAGCAUCAAGGUCAGAGAGGUCGAAGUGGGUCCCAACAGCUUCAGCAAGGUCAAGAUGCUCGGCAAGGGCGACGUCGGCAAGGUCUACUUGGUCCGAGAGAAGAAGACAGACAAGCUUUUCGCCAUGAAGGUGCUCUCCAAGAAGGAGAUGAUCAAACGCAACAAGAUCAAGCGUGUCAUGGCCGAGCAGGAAAUCCUUGCCAUGUCCAACCACCCGUUUAUCGUCACACUCUACCACUCGUUCCAAUCCGAAGACUACCUCUACCUCUGCAUGGAGUACUGCAUGGGCGGCGAAUUCUUCCGCGCGCUUCAGACGCGUCCAGGCAAGUGCUUGCCAGAGGAGGACGCCAAGUUCUACGCCGCAGAGGUGAUCGCUGCGUUGGAAUACCUCCAUCUCAUGGGCUUCAUCUAUCGCGACUUGAAACCGGAAAACAUCCUCCUUCAUCAGAGCGGACACGUCAUGCUUUCCGAUUUCGAUCUCUCCGCCAAGGCCACACAGCGCGGUGGUGCACCGGCCAUGAUCCGUCAAGCUACGCCCAACAGCGCGCCUCUUGUCGACACACGAAGCUGCAUAGCCGAUCUACGCACCAACUCAUUCGUCGGCACAGAAGAGUACAUUGCUCCCGAGGUCAUCAAGGGAUGCGGCCACACGUCGGCGGUUGAUUGGUGGACGCUGGGCAUCUUGAUCUACGAGAUGAUCUUUGCCACCACGCCGUUCAAGGGCAGCACGCGCAACGAGACGUUCUCCAACGUGCUGCGCAACGAGGUGCAGUUCCCGGACUCGAUCCCGAUCUCGUCGUUUGGCAAAUCGCUCAUCCGCAAGCUGCUCAUCAAGGACGAGCUGAAGCGCAUGGGCUCGCAGUCGGGCGCGUCCGAGGUCAAGCAGCACAAGUGGUUCUCCAGCAUCUCGUGGGGCUUGCUGCGUAACUCGACACCGCCCAUCGUUCCCGCUUAUUCGAACGGCGUCGAUGCCGUCAACUUCCGAAACGUCCGCGAAAGCCGCAGCUUGAACCUCGACGAUCAAGGCAACGAGACGCGAGCCAAGCCGGCCGUGAUCAAGGCUGUCGCUGGACAGAAGAAUGUGGGCGACGAGGAGGGAGAUGCCGUCGUCAGCAACCCCUUCAGCGGCUUUUCCAGCGUCACGCUCAAGCAUGAUGACUAUUGA